CUACUUAUUGAUGAUUUAAUAAUAAUGAAAAAUACCCAUCAAAACAAAAUACAAUUUUGAUGUGAUAAGUAAAGUUUUUUAUUCUUGAUUAAUUGUAUAUUUGAAUGGUUUGUUUGUCACAUUAUUUUAGUACAAGUUGGUUCAUUCAUGUCUGUCUCUGGCUAGACUUUUCUUGGGCGGCGUUGCUGGCAUUUGAAGCUCGAAACCUCGUCGUUUUCCUCUUCUUUCUUCUUUUGUUGUUUUCUUUCUUCACUCUGUCCGAGACUUUGAACAAAAAAAUUAGUAAAAUGCAGUCACUUGUUUUCCUGCCUCUUCUUCUUCUUCUUCCUUUUAAGUUUCCCGCUCUGUAAAAAAUUAAACAAAGGUUCAUUUUAUCUUCAGUGUUUUUAUUAUAUUACUUUGUCUUGUAAUUCAAAGAUUCAUUUUUUUUCUUCUUUUGCUUUUGAAUACAUGUAAGUUAUGUGUUGUAACUAGCAUUGGGUGUGUUUAGUUCUGUAGUAUGUUGUUUCUUUUUCUUGAAAAGUAAAAAAGAAAAAGAAGAUGAAUACCAGUGUGAGGACUAAUCUUCACGCCAUGAAAGCUGCUUCAAAUCAUGAUAAAGAGAAGAUGGAGACUCAAGGAAGAAGAGUGGUCAUUCGUUCUGAGAAAACUCUAACUAAUAGACGUAAAAUAAACAAGGAAAGGAAAAUGGCCUUGCUACAAGAUGUUGAUAAGUUGAAGAAGAAGCUCAGACAUGAAGAGAAUGUUCACAGAGCUUUGGAAAGGGCCUUUACAAGACCUUUAGGAGCCUUACCUCGUCUUCCCCCAUAUCUCCCUUCAUCUACAUUAGAGCUUCUUGCUGAAGUAGCUGUUUUAGAAGAGGAGGUUGUACGGCUUGAAGAACAAGUUGUGAAUUUUAGACAAGGUCUUUAUCAAGAAGCUGUCUAUGUAUCUUCCAAGAGGAAUGUGGAAAAUUCAAGUGAUUCUUCUUCUAUGGAUCAAACCACUCCGGUUAGAAGUGCUAAGCAUCAUAGGUCGAAAUCUAUGUCUCAAUUCGAUUUCAAUUCAGCAACUUCACCAGCAGCCAGGUCUCAACAACCUUCCCUUUGUAGAACUACAUCAAGUAGAAAGCUACUUCCCACUGAUGCCAUCUCAAACAGAACAGGAAGUUGUUCUACUAGUACUAGUACUGCUAGGCAAGCUAAUAAUGGAAAGCUUAGUACUCGAAAACUCGAAACAAUUUCAUCCAUUUCGGAAGAUGGAAGAGGAAAAGAGAAUAGGUUAUGGUCAAACUUUGUUAGAGCAUCUCCUGAAAAGAAAGCUGAUAAACCAUCUCCUGAAAAGAGAAGUACUAAAAUGGUAACCCCAGUUAAGAAACCACCAAUGAAGCAAGAGCCAAAGGACAAGAGUACUCCUGAUCAAUUGAAAUUACAGCUAGAAUCUAGAUUGGUAGACCAGGAAAGAGCUGAAGAGAGCUCAUCUUGUUCUUUAGAUGAGGGAGUAAUGGAAUCUGACUGUUCUCCUAAUAAAGUAUCUGAGGAUAUUGUCAAGUGUUUAUCUAAUAUUUUGAUGAGGAUGGCGAGCACACAGAAGGAUAGAGCAGUGGAAUCAGGGAGUUCCCAAUUGCCAUUUUUUGCUCGGGCAGCGAACAAAGGGGCUGAGUUUCUAGAUCCUUAUGGUACACCUUUGGAUUUUAAAAACAGAGAUGUUGGUCCCUACAAACAUCUAUGUUCUAUUGAUACUAGUUCAAUUGAUAUCAGUUGGACAACCAAUGCAUUGUUCCUGAUACACAGACUAAAGUUUCUGCUUGGGAAGCUUGCCUCUGUGAACUUAGAAGGUCUUAACCAUCAACAGAAGCUUGCAUUUUGGAUUAACACUUAUAAUUCUUGCAUUAUGAAUGCGUUUUUAGAGCACGGUGUACCGGAGACUCCAGAAAUGGUCGUCGCACAAAUGCAGAAGGCAACAAUAACUGUUGGUGGGCAUUUGCUUAAUGCAAUUACAAUUGAGCAUUUCAUCUUGAGAUUACCUUACCACUUGAAAUUUACUUGUCCAAAGGCUGCGAAGAACGAUGAGAUGAGAGCUCGAAGUAAAUUCGGAUUGGAGUGGUCAGAGCCAUUGGUUACAUUUGCACUCUCUUGUGGAAGUUGGUCCUCUCCUGCAGUGAGAGUGUACUCAGCUUCUCAAGUGGAAGAGGAGUUGGAAGCAGCAAAAAGGGAUUAUCUACAAGCAACUGUUGGUAUCUCCAGAACAAACAAAGUGAUCAUACCAAAACUGUUGGAUUGGUAUCUUCUUGACUUUGCCAAAGAUAUGGAUUCAAUGCUUGAUUGGGUAUGUCUGCAACUACCAAAAGAAGCCAGGAAUGAAGCUAUGAAAUGCCUUGAUGAGAGGAAAGGAAGAGAGCCUCUUUCACAGUUGGUGCAAAUAGCACCCUAUGAUUUCAGUUUCCGGCUGCUAUUGCACCGCUGAGGUUUUAAUGUCAUUUUCCUCUUUUCGGGAUAGUUAGUUGUGAACUUUGGAUGUGGCGGUAGGUUUAUACCUGAUAUAUGUUAAGAGUUGAUAAAAGUACAUAAUUCCAGCAAUAUAUAUAUUUUUUUAAAUAUAGGAGGAUCACGAGUCCUUCCAAAUGGGGUUUUGAAUUUGUAUUUGGUUCAUAAAUUUGGACCUUGGGGAUAUAUAUUUUUAUAUAUAAAUGAAGCUGUGGAGUUUUUUUA